CGGCUCGUACUCCGAGGCGCAAAGCGGUGGAGGGGCGGCGCGACAAGUUUCGCCAUCUGGGUUCAACAAGCGUACCACAAGUUUAACGAAUCCGGUGGUAAGUGUACCGAACUGACCUGCAUCUCUCGUUGUUCAGUCGUAAAAUGAAGUAAAAGACCGUCCUGUGAGUGUGUUAAAUCGAUUGACUCAAACGCUCAGACGCUUCGGGCGUGGCUGACCAGAUAAACAUUACUCAUCAUCACCCGGUGCUCAAAGUGACAGUUGAAUGUGGGAAAGCUAGAAUCAUACCUGUCAGUUAAACAACAAUGUCCGCGUAGACGUGUGCACCUAGUUCUUGCAACAAUGAGUGCCAAUAAUGUGAAUGCUCAAGUCCCUACCACUCAAGCAACUGCCACAAUCAAGUCCAGACCAAACAUCAUGCCCAGUAGUUACUUGUAUACUUCGAGCAGCGCGCUUUUGAACCGCAAUUCGGAAAAUAAGCCCACUCCGCCACCCACACUACCCAAGUACACAUCCAGCUUCAAUGCGGGCAGUGGGUUGAAUCGAGACAGAGAUAAGGACAGCAUCGGGGGCUCCUACAGGCUGUCUAGCCUGGAUCGGUUAGCCAUGAGGCAGAAGUUCAUGGAUCAGCAGAACAACCCCUCGAGUACACCGAAUGGCACACCCCAGACCAACGGAAGCGAAAGCACCACUACGAUUCAAAGCAAGAGGGAAAUGUUUUUCACAUCGACAGAGUCCGCAAAUGCUCUGAAUAAGGAUACAAAUCGAUUGAAUAAAACCCCAUCGCUGGAUAAACCGCCAGAGCCUCCUGUCAAGCCCACAUCACCAGAGUCGGCCAAGGAGGAUACUAGUAAGGAAUCCACGCCCGAAAUUGUCAAGGAAAGGCCAAAACCUAAGGAGCUGGACGGCUACGUUGGAUUUGCUAAUCUGCCUAACCAGGUAUACCGUAAAGCGGUGAAAAAAGGUUUCGAGUUCACUUUGAUGGUCGUCGGUGAAUCGGGCCUUGGCAAAUCGACUCUGAUAAAUUCCAUGUUUCUAACCGACAUAUACAAUUCCUCCGACUACCCCGGACCAACACAGAGACUUAAAAAGACUGUGGCCGUUGAAACAACUAGAGUGUUGCUGAAAGAGAACGGUGUCAAUUUAUUGUUGACAAUGGUGGAUACGCCUGGCUUCGGAGACGCCGUCGACAAUAGCAAUUGUUGGACUCCCAUAAUAGAGUUUAUAGAGAGCAAGUACGAGGACUAUUUAAACUCGGAAGCGAGGGUGACGAGGAAAAUAACCCCGGACCAACGCGUCCACUGCUGUUUGUAUUUUAUCCAGCCCUCCGGACACGGUCUGAAAUCCCUAGAUAUAGAGUUCAUGAAACGGUUAUGUGAUAAAGUGAAUAUUAUCCCGGUCAUAGCAAAGGCCGAUACCCUUACGGCAGACGAGUGCGCCCUGUUUAAAAAACAGAUUCUGAACGAGAUCGCUCAGCAUAAAAUCAAGAUUUAUGAAUUCCCCGAUACCUCUGAGGAAGACGAGGAGCAUAAAUUAAACAAAUCACUGAAGGACAGAGUCCCGUUCGCGGUCGUAGGCUCAAAUACCGUCAUAGAAGUAGAAGGUAAGAAAGUUAGGGGACGAAAAUACCCCUGGGGUAUCGCCGAGGUGGAAAACCUAGAACACUGCGACUUCAUAGCUCUGAGAAACAUGGUGAUCCGCACCCACCUCCAGGACCUGAAGGAUGUUACGAAUAACGUGCACUACGAGAAUUAUCGGUGUCGAAAGUUGGCCGGACUGGGGGCGGACGGCAAGCCCACCAGAAUAUCCAACAAAAACCCACUGGCCCAGAUGGACGAGGAGAAACGGGAGCACGACCUGAAGAUGAAGAAAAUGGAGGCGGAAAUGGAGCAAGUGUUCGAGAUGAAAGUAAGGGAGAAGAAGCAGAAGCUCAAGGACAGCGAGGCAGAAUUGACAAGAAGGCACGAGGCUACAAAGAAAUCCCUGGAGCAGCAAGCGAAAGAGCUGGAGGAGAAACGUCGACAGUUCGAGCUGGAGAAAGAGUCCUGGGAGAAGGAGAACCAGGUGACCGUGGAGGAGCUGCGGAGACGUUCCUUGGAGGGCAGCCGGGAGACUGUCGAUGGCAAGAAGGAGAAGAAAAAGAAGGGACUUUUCUAACAGUCAAUGGAGAACUUCUGGUGAAGUGUGUAAAGUUUUCAUGGUAUAAUUUAUUAAUUUCUAAGCAGGAUAAAUGGCGUAAAUCAAGUUUUUCCACACAGUAUAGUGAGAUAUUUAAGGAAACCGCAAUAGAGAAACCAGAAAAUUGUUUAAACUGCCAUCAACGUGAAUAAUAGCGUAAGUGUUAUAUCUACUUGCCGAUUUGAAAUAUUUUUUACCAUGAUAGACGCGAGCUGUAUGUUAGAAUAUAUAUUACAUAAAUUUAAAGUACUUGAAAAAUGAAUUAUAUUAUAUAUAAUUAAAUGGGAUUUUAUUUAUAACUUAUGAGAAAUAGAUGAAUAUUCGAUGAAAUCCAGUGUCUUUACAUGACAUUUUGCUUCGACGCAAUGUGCCAUUAUUUUUUAUUAUUAUUUUUAUUCUAUCGUAAUGAAUGUAAAAUUGUGAAAAAUAAAAACCUUUUUAAAAAUA